UUUCAUGAAUUUGUUUCUGGCAGGCUGGCAGCUUAUGUGUUUUGUGCCUCUAAAAGAAGCUUGGUCUGUUAGGGUGUGUUCUUGAGUUAUUUUGUGGUUUCCGUUAUUUUUCCUUGUUUUUUCACACGAUGUGAUUUUUGAGCAAAUUUAAUGACGACUCUUUCGCCUUGCAUCCAAAAUUCAUCAAGUGACCACUAGAAUAAUAAAAUGGAGGGAACUUCGGAAUCGAAAGAAAAAUUGCAGUCACCGACAACCAUGGAUAACGAUCGGUUAGCAGCUGAGACAGCUGUGAAAAUUGAAGUGGUUGAAGUGAAGCAAGAAGUACCUGAGAUGAUGGAGAGUGAAUCUUUUGGAGUUGACCCAAGCACAGUGGCACUACCGAUCAAGGAAGAAGACUGCAAAAAUUCUGAUAGGAUAGACAUAAAUAGGAUAAAAAAUGAACCAGUUGAGGCUGAAAACUGGGGCGAGUGUGCUGUGAAGGAAGAACCAGGUUUAGAUCUGACAGAUGAAGAACUAGAGGAAGAAAUGAACCAGGACUAUAGAGUAUUCAUCAAGGAUGAAAGCACUAGUGAAUAUAUAGUGGGGCCAGAUGAGCAGGAUAGCACUGUAAUAGAUGAAAUCUUGAAGAAACAACCUGUUGCAAGUGAGAGAGCAAGGGAACUGUUCAGGUGUAGUGGUUGUACAUUUACUGUAUCCAAUAAGAACCGUUUUAUCAUACAUGUAAGAGAACAUAAGCAUGGGUCAAAUUCGUAUGUGGAACAUUCUGAAGUGAAAAUUAGAAAAGAGGAAUUAAAAAAAUGUAUACAUGUACAUUGUAACGCAAAAUUGAAAACUAAGAAAGGCAUGGACCAUCAUAUACUUCAAAAGCAUCCAGAUCUUAUUGCAUCAAUAUCUUGUAAAAUACAUCAAUGUACAUAUUGCACAUAUAAAACUUCUUAUAAAGAUGAACUUGUUAAACAUAAUGUGCGAAGACAUCCCGAGACCAUUGACAGCUAUAAACUUAGAAGUUAUCAGUCCAAACUUAAACCUUUCGGAUGUAUACACUGCUAUGCGAGAUUCAAACUUAAAAGGGGUUUGGAUAAUCACAUAUCCAAAAAACAUAUGAAAGAAGAUACAUCCAAAAAGCAUAUAGAACAUAAGAAUGCUACCAGAUAUAAACUUAACAUAAUAUGUCAACAUUGCAAUGCACCAUUUCAACAUUUAUUAAGUAUGUACGACCACAUAUUAAACAAACAUCCUGGAUUCAGUGCGACGGUUGCUUAUAAAAUACAUGAGUGUACACAUUGCUCAUAUAAAACUGCCAACAAGACGUAUUUAACUGAUCAUCUUCGAACACAUUCAGAAACAUUCAAUAGCAAUGGGUAAACUUGCAUUCACUGUGAUUAUAUAUUUCAAAUUAGGCAAUCAACAUCAUAUAAUCCAAAAUCAUUUUCCGCUCAUGUUUUGUAUUUAUUUAGUCUCAUCAGUGCUGUAUAAAUUUACCUUAUAUAUGUUAGUAGUUUUUGUUGUUUAUAUAGUUUCUACUCUGGAAACAUUACCUCAUUUUUCUGAGUCACCCUGUAUAUGUUACGGGCAAAGACGUGAAUUGGACAUUAUCGGGCAACAAUGUGAAUGAAUAUUGUGGGUGGGCAAUGUUGUUAAUAUUCUAUUUCGCAAUUGCCCAGCCAAUGACGAUAAUGGGCAAUGUGAUGAUCCAAAGACAAACGGUUGAAAAUAUUAAGCAGGACAAAACAAAUGUUAUCAAAACCUGAAUCUUUUCGUUGUUUUUUAUUUUUUUACACUACUGGCGAGGAAGUAAUCUCUAUAAAUUUUGAAAAUGAGAUAUUAUGUGUUUUGGAUGUUUCAUGACAUGUACGUCACGAAAAAACAUGACCGUCGGUCUUAAAAUUAGACAGUAUGAGUGUAAAGAUCGGUCUAGAGGACCUAGGGAUAAAACGCGAAAAACAAUUUAAAUCGUUCGAACUUGACAUUUCAGAGGCUGCAGGUCAUUUUUAGGAAAAGUUUUGUAGGGGUUGUAAAUGUUGCAUUUUUUGGUAUUAGUAAGACGUUUUAUUAUGUAGAAGUGUGUGAUCUCGGUAGUAUUCUUCACCUGUUAGAUAUAAUAUAAAUAUUUAUCAUAAUAUUUCCGUCUAUGACUCCAGCAACACGCGAUAUUCUUUACGUUCGGAGGGUCGAAUCCAAAUUGAGUAACGCCGUCGAUGUAAUGAUACCAGAACGUACGAAAGUUGACCAGAUAUUAUGCACCCCGUAUAGGGAGCCGAUCAUUUGAUUAUCAAACUUUGAAUCAACAAAUCAGUUAUAUUAAAUCUAUAACAUCGCCAGCUAUAUAGUAAAGAUACCAGAACAAUACUGUUUUUCACUUAUAGUCAUUCUAAUCUACAGGCUGAUGUCAUGGUAAAGUUGACUUCUAUAAUGUAACGGAAUCACCGUUACUACUAUAUAAAGUAUUAUUUAUUACUC